GUCCACCGGCGGCGCGGUUUUUAUUGCUCGCGCGGGCUGAGCGCGCGGGCGGUGCUUUCUGGAGUCGGGGUGGAGGAGCGCGGAGCCAUGGCGGAGCAGGAGGCCUUCUUCCAGCAGCUGCUCACCAACCUCAUGAGCCCCGACAAUGGCGUUCGCAAGCAAGCCGAGGAAGCGUAUGAAGCCAUUCCUGGGCCUUCAAAGUUGUCCUUCCUCAUGAGCGCCGUGAGGAAUGGAUCUGGUGCAGAAGAGACACGACAGAUGGCGGCGGUGCUCGCUCGACGGCUGCUGUCCUCGUCGUUCGAGGAGGUGCACCCGGCGCUGCCCCCCGAGCUGCAGCUCGCCCUGCGCCAGCAGCUGCUGCUGGGCGCCCAGGACGCCUCGCUAAGCCCGAACCUGCGCGCCAAGAUCAGCGACAUCAUCGCUGAGCUCGCCCGCAACCUCAUCGACGACGAUGGAAACAACCAGUGGCCAGAGGUGCUGAAGUUCCUCUUUGACUGUGUGAGCUCCCAGAAUCCCCUGCUGCGAGAGGCUGCCCUACACAUUUUCUGGAAUUUCCCCGGAAUCUUUGGCAAUCAGCAGCAGCACUACAUUGACGUGAUCAAGCAGAUGCUGGUCCAGUGCAUCCAGGAUCAAGGAAAACCCCAAGGUGUUCGGAUUCAAGCGGCCAAGGCGACUGCCUCCUUCGUGCUGUCUCAGGAGCAUCUUCCCGUCCAGAAGCACUUUGCAGACCUCCUGCCCGGAAUUUUGCAAGCGGUGAAGGACUCCCUUCUCUUGCUCGACGACGACUCGGUGCUUAAGUCCCUCGUGGACCUCGCCGACACCUGCCCCAAGUACCUCAAGGGCCACCUGGAGGACACCUUGAAGCUCGCCCUGCAGAUCUGCGAGGAUAGCAACAUGGGCAACAUGAGGAGGCACCUGGGCCUGGAGGUGAUUGUGACACUGGCCGAGGCCGCCCCGGCCAUGUUGCGAAAGCAGAAGGAAAUCAUCUCGUUGGCAGUCAUUCGGAUGCUCGACCUCAUGGUGGAUCUGGAGGACAACGAGCUGUGGUCGACGUGCGACGAGCUGGAGGACGAAGACUACGACAGUAAUGCGGUGGCGGGGGAGAGUGCGCUGGACCGACUGGCGUGCGGUCUCGGAGGAAAGACGGUCCUGCCUUAUGUCACCCCAAGGAUCGGCAGCAUGUUGCCCAGCCAGGACUGGAAGCACCGGCAUGCGGCCCUCAUGGCUCUGUCGGCCAUCGGCGAGGGCUGCCACCAGCAGAUGGAAUCAAUGCUUCCCGAAAUCCUCAACUACGUGUUGCCCUUCCUGAGUGACCCGCAUCCCAGGGUGCGCUACGCCUCGUGCAACGCUCUGGGGCAGAUGGCCACCGACUUCGCGCCCACCUUCCAAAAGAAGUUCCACGACAAGGUCGUGUCCGGACUGCUCAUGGCGAUAAAGGACAACGACAACCCACGGGUGCAGGCCCACGCGGCAGCUGCCCUCAUCAACUUCACGGAGGACUGCCCCAAGACGUACCUGCUGCCCUACCUGGACAGCCUCCUCGACCACCUGGAAGCCAUCCUCAACGUCAAACUGCAGGAGAUGGUGAUGAACGGGAAGAAGCUGGUGCUGGAGCAGGUGGUGACGGCCGUGGCGUCCGUUGCCGACACGGUGGAGGAGCGCUUCGUGCUGCACUACGACCGCUUCAUGCCCAAGCUCAAGUUCAUCGUUGAGCGCGCCACCGAGAAGGAGAUGAGACUGCUGCGCGGCAAGACCAUCGAGUGCAUCAGCCUCAUCGGCCUGGCCGUCGGGCAGCAGAAGUUUAUGGCUGACGCGGCGGCCGUGAUGCAGCUGCUGCUGACCACACAGACGGAGUCGACGCAGCUGGAGGACGACGACCCACAGAUCUCGUACAUGAUCUCGGCGUGGGCGCGGAUGUGCAAGAUCCUGGGCAAGGACUUUCAGCAGUACCUGCCCGUGGUCAUGGGGCCACUUCUGAAAACCGCCUCGAUGAAGCCGGAGGUGGCCCUGUUGGAUGCCCAGGACAUGGAGGAGAUGGAGGACGACAGCUGGGAGUUUGUGAGCCUCGGAGACCAGCAGAGUUUCGGGAUAAAGACGGCCGGCCUCGAGGAGAAAGCCACCGCCUGCCAAAUGCUGGUUUGCUACGCGCGCGAGCUGAAGGAGGGCUUUGCGGAGUACACGGAGCAGGUGGUGAAGCUGAUGGUCCCGCUGCUCAAGUUCUACUUUCACGAUGGCGUGCGCAUGGCUGCGGCAGAGUCCCUGCCGCUGCUGCUGGAGUGUGCGCGUAUCCGCGGCCCCGAGUACCUGGCCGAGAUGUGGCACUUCAUGUGCGGAGACUUCAUCAAGGCCAUCGGCACCGAGCCGGACUCCGACGUCAUCUCGCAGAUCAUGGAGUCCUUCGCCAGGUGUGUGGAGCUGAUGGGCGAGGGAUGUCUUGACAAAGAGCACUUUGUGGAGCUUGGGAACAUCCUGAAGGCAAAGUUGGAAGAGCACUUUAAAAACCAGGAGCUCAGACAGGAAAAGAGGAAGGACGAAGAUUACGACGAACAAGUGGAAGAGACAUUACAAGACGAGGAUAACAGCGACGUGUACACGCUCAGCAAAGUGUCCGACAUCCUGCACGCCAUCUUCACUUGCUACAAGGAGACGGUGCUGCCCUGGUUCGACCUCUUUCUCCCGCUCAUCGUCAGCCUCAUCGACCGAAACCGUCCGUGGGCCGACCGCCAGUGGGGGUUCUGCGUGUUCGACGACCUCAUCGAGUGCUGCGGCCCAGCCUCGCUCAAGUACUCGGAGUACUUCCUGCGGCCCAUGCUGGAAGGCGUAUGCGAGUCGAGCGCCGAGGUGCGGCAGGCAGCCGCGUACGGUGUGGGCGUGAUGGCGCAGCACGGAGGGCCCGGCUAUGCCCCGGCCUGCACUGAGGCACUGGGACUGCUAAUGCAGGUGAUUCAGGACUCGCAGUCUCGCGUCAAGGAGAACAUCAACGCCACGGAGAACUGCAUCUCGGCCGUGGGGAAGCUGCUCAAGUUCCGGCCGGACUGCGUCAACACGCAGGAGUUCCUGCCGCUUUGGCUGUCCUGGCUGCCGGUCACCGAAGACAAAGAGGAGGCCGUGUUCUGCUACAACUACCUCUGCGACCUCAUUGAGAGUAACAACCCGCUGGUGCUGGGCCUCAACAACGCGAACCUGCCGAGCAUCCUCGCCAUCAUCGCCCAGGGGGUGGCCAACGAGGCGACGAGUGAGGACGCUGCCUGCACGUCGCGGCUCGUCAGCGUCGUGCGCCAAGUGCAGGCAUCCGGAGAGCUGUGGGCCGCCUGCCUGUCGCAGCUCGACAAGGAGCAGCAGCAGUUCCUUGACAGCCUCCUCAGUGCAGCAUGAGCAAAUGGGCACGCGCGCCCACGCACACGCACGACCACAGGCACCGCACCGCAUGCACGCACACAGAGGGUGUACCUUAGGCUUGGGGGGGGGGGGCGCUGAACGAUGCGCCGUUAUCACCGUGCCCCUCCUAGCUUGCGGAGUGGCGCUCAACCCCCGGAGGGGCGCCCGUUGUCUGUGCCCCCCUGCGACAUAUUUGCACGCGCGGCGGAUUGGCGGUUCGGGCCGCUGAUCUCGCCGCGCGAGUUAGUUGGUUGCAUUGGUUGAAGUAGCGUUCACGCGGCCCAACCCACCCUCCCCACUGACAUCCAACCCAGUUGGCUUUGAAGGUUCCCUUUCAUUCGAAGGCUCUUUGAGUUGUGGGGUGUGCUCGUUUGCUCCAAGGCUCAAGUGGUUCGUUCGCAGCAAGUCGGCAAUCAAACAAUAAAGCAGCAGCAGCUCUUCAGGAAGAGAGAAAAUUGUGAAAAUGUUGUCCUGGCCAAAAAUUGCAUCUCACAGCUAAAGGGGGGAGGGGUGAGGGAGGUCAAGUGUUGUUAGGGCCAAAGUGGGGACUAUCCCCAACACCCCCUGCACUCCCACGUAUAAUGUUAUUACGACUGCAUCCAUGACUCCCAAUUUAUAUUUAAAGUGUAAUGCGACUGCUACCAAUUCUAUUUUUCAUUGUUGGGGAGUCAAAACCGCUAUUGGAAUUCUGACUGUGUCACUGCAUUCCCCCCUCUGAGUCUUUUCCUCCCUCUGUCUCGAGCCCGCUGCUUAUUCUGCUGCUGUGUGUGGUUCCAAGACACACUUAUGUAUAGUAAUGUUUUGCCCUUGCUGCAAUGUGAACCAUGUGAUUGAAUCGGCCUUAGCUCGGAUAACUUUACUGCAUAGGUUAUUUCACUCUGUGUAAUUUAGAUUUUGAUUUCCAGUUGCAAUGUUUGUUAACUAAUAAAAAAAAAUGUUUAACUAAAUGGGCAUUGGAUUUCAACGGUUGAGUGGAGAGUGCAUCAACGGCUGUCCUUUCGCCCCUUCCUCAAGACCACCACCGUCUUGAAGUGAAAUAACCUGACCAACCACUUCCAUGCUGGGAGAUACACAGCUGCAGCCUUGGUUAAAAUGUUACUUUGAUCGGCAAGGCAGUUUUACACAUGUUCCUCUUGAAUUAUCCAUCGGUCCAUACUCAAUUCAGAAGUGGAACGCACACAAAGGAUGCUCUUCACUAUAAUUAUUACUCCACACGUGCAUAUUGUGGAGGUAUUAUUUGUAGCAUGGAAGUCGUAUAGAAGUAUGUUCUGAUUAAACAUUUUUUCGUAAAAUGUGGACUGUCUGCCCAUAACCAAUUUUUUGUCCGGGUGUGUAUUACAUGACCACAAGCACUCAACACGCGGUGAACGUCUCCAAAUUGACUUAAAUAUAUUUUUUAAAACCCAGUGCGACGCAACGUGGAAUCUUGUGUAGUUUACUCUGUUUCCACAUCUCUGGUGUCCUGGUUUCGAUUAUCCAUCCUUCAGUUGUCCUCCCAUCUGGCAAGGCACAAGUGGUGCUGGAGGAAAUGUAUUUGCAAAGAUGUCUUGACUCCUGAGUUUAUCACCCCCGCACAACUUAAUUCAACUUUAGUGGUGAUUUUCGAGAGUUUUUCACCUGCUUAAGAUAAUAUAUUUCUUGUUACCGUGUAAGGCAUUAUAUUUAGAGAUUUGGCAGUUUAUUUUGAGCAGCAAAUGUGCACCUUUGCUUACAAGGUACACUUUGGUCAUCCAAAUACAGCCCUUAAAUUAUCCGGAAUGUCGUUUAAACAUCUGUGGAGCGAUCCCAUUUUAAAAGGAAGAACUUUAUUUUUAAUCACAGUACAAAUACUAAUUAUAGCCUAGGCCACGGCUUGUGGCAAGUACGCAAGAAAACAUUUAUUUUAGUUCAUUCCUCUUGAGGGGAAGAGUAACGUUAAGAGGGGUAGCGAUGUUAAAAUAGAAGGGGGGAGGAAAAAUAAAUGGAAUUGGAAAUGGUGAUCGCAUUCUGAAAGUGCCAGUGUUGUGGGUCUCUGCUAGAUCGACGGCAUGCAUGUUGCCUGGAAGUGUGCUGUGUCGUUGCAGCCACGGGUGAUUUAGGAAUUUGUUUUGGUCUAUCCUUGUAAAGGGUUUUUGGAUUAAAGCCCCCUCUUAGUAUCUUGGUCCUCAAAAACUUUGUGUGUGUCCAGCGUUCGUUGUUUACCCGUCUUAAACAUUGACCGAGGUGUGAGCUGAUAUAUAUUUUUUGUGAGCCGGAUGGUACGGCGAUUGAAGGUAGCAAAUACAAUGUGUAUUUGUGAAUGUCAGAAAGAAAAAAAACGAUACAAUGUGUAUUUGUGAAUGUCAGAAAGAAAAAAAACGAUAGGACAAACUUACCACUGUUUGGGAGUUUUCCCGUCUUUGUGACUCGUAGUGACGGAUGGGUCUGUGAAUCCUAAAGUGUUCUGUUUAAAGUCUUCGAGGGGCUUCGAAGCCAAAUGGUUUUUAAUCCGUAUAUAUGCUACGACCAGAGGUGAAACAUUAAUUCCGCUGACAAAACGCUGUCAAUUCAGCCUUCCGUGUGAGGCUUUACUCUCAGACUCGGUGGCGAGAGGUUUUGAAUGAAUGUAACCCUACGACUUAAAACAUACAACCUGCCUAAUUAACAUGCUGAACGGUAUACAUUCUGCUGGAAACUGUUGGGCAAAUGCACGCCCUGUUGAUGCGUUUUUGUGUUUGUGAUCAAACGGCUCAUUUGUGUGUUGUACUUGUUAACGCUAAGCUAAAUAAACACACGGUUGACACUGUAA